AUGGAUUCAGUCAUGGUACCAAAUGGACAAGACAGAUGCAUGCAACCAAUACGACCAAUUUUCCUUUCAUGGAUUCCUCAGUAUUUCAUCUGCCCUAUCUCCCUCCAAAUCAUGAAAGAUCCAGUAACCACCAUAUCCAGCAUAACCUACGAUCGCGAAAGCAUCGAGCAUUGGCUGUUCACCUGCAAUAACACAAUCUGUCCUGUCACCAAACAACCUUUACCAGAAGACUCAGAUUUAACCCCUAAUCAUACCUUGACAAGGUUGAUCCAAUCAUGGUGCACAAUCCAUGGUGUUGAUCGAAUUCCGACCCCGAAACCCAUUCUAAACAAAUCCCAUUUCCUUAAACUAAUCAAAGACCUCUCACAACCUCACUUGCAGAUCAAAACACUUGGGCAGUUGGAAUUGUUGGCUUCAGAGAAUGAGAGGAACAGAAAGUCUAUGGUGGAUGCAGGGGUGCCUACGGCCAUGGUCAGCUUAGUUGUGACAUUUUUCAUGAGGAACCAAGUUGGAGGCCUACAUGAAGCUCUGAGUAUACUUCACUCAAUCCGGAUUCCUUCUGCAGAAUCCAAGCUUAUCUUACGCGAAAUGGAUCAAAUUAUCGAAUCAUGGACAGGGGUCUUGACAUCCAACAAUUUGGAAAACAACAUUGCAGUGAAAUCCCAUGCUUUGUCAAUACUAAAACUGCUAGUUGAAGCAGGGAGUUCAAGCAUGCUAGAGAGACUAAAACCGGAAUUUUUCAAUGCAAUUGUUGGUGUUUUUAGGGAGAAGAAAGUGACACAACAGGGAACCAAUGCAGCUUUGAAUGUAUUGUUACAUGCUUGUCAAUGGGGAAGGAAUAAAGGAAUGAUGGUUAAAUCCGGCGCGGUAUUCGAGCUAAUUGAGCUUGAAUUGGAUUCACCAGAGAAGAGAACAACAGAGCUAAUACUGGGUGUGCUAUUCCAUUUAUGUACAUGUGCAGAGGGGAGAGCAGAGUUUGUGAGUAACAGAGGUGGAAUUGCAGUUGUUGCUAAGAGGAUUUUAAGGGUUUCUAACACGGCGGACGAUCGUGCCGUUUUGAUACUUUCAUUGGUAAGUAAGUUCUGUGGGACUAAGUUUGUGGUUCAAGAGAUGUUGGAUGCUAAGGAUGUGUCAAAGCUUUGUGCUUUGCUUCAAAUUGGUCAUUGUGAUGCUUAUCUCAAAGAGAAAGCAAAGGAAAUUCUUAGAUCAAAUCUUGAUGAGUGGAAGAAAGAGCCUUGCUUUGAUGCUUCUGUUCUCCUCACAAAUUCAAAUUUUUUUUUUCUUGAAUUUCCCUGCCAAACAAUUUCAAUGUAUAUUCUUACAAUUGAUAAAUAAAUUGAUCUCAUGGAGCUGCUUGGA